UGAUGGGGACUGUGAGUGAGCUGUGUGCCUCCAGUUUCCAGGCAUUUCUCUGUCCGACAGUGCGGCCAGGGGCACCUCCUGCAGCAACAGUGCCUGAUGACCUCAGUCCAGAGGAGAGACAGGAGCUGGAAAGCAUCCGCCGCAGAAAACAAGAGCUGCUGCAGGACAUACAAAGGCUGAAGGAUGAGAUAGCAGAGGUGACCAAUGAGAUUGAAAACCUGGGCCUGACUGAAGAGAGGAAAAGUAUGCAGAGGAAUAAACAGAUGGCCAUGGGGCGUAAGAAGUUUAACAUGGACCCCAAAAAGGGGAUUCGCUUCUUGAUUGACAGCUCCCUGCUAAAAAACACCAGUGAUGACAUCGCCCAGUUUCUCUACAAGGGGGAGGGGCUUAAUAAGACCGCUAUUGGUGAUUACCUUGGAGAGAGAGAUGACUUCAAUAUCGAGGUUCUUCACGCCUUCCUGGAGCUUCACGAGUUCACAGACUUGAACCUGGUUCAGGCUCUCAGGCAGUUCCUGUGGAGCUUCAGGCUGCCUGGCGAGGCUCAGAAGAUCGACCGCAUGAUGGAGGCGUUCGCCCUGCGAUACUGUCGCUGUAACCCUGGAGUGUUUCAGAGCACAGAUACCUGUUACGUAUUGUCCUUUGCUGUAAUCAUGUUGAACACGAGUCUACAUAAUCCUAACGUGAAAGACAAACCCUCCGUUCAGAGAUUCACAGCGAUGAACAGAGGCAUCAACGAUGGAGGAGACCUGCCGGAGGAGCUACUCAGGAACCUGUACGACAGCAUCAAGAAUGAACCCUUUAAAAUCCCAGAGGAUGAUGGGAACGACCUCACACACACCUUCUUCAACCCGGACAGAGAAGGCUGGCUACUGAAACUCGGAGGUACGUACCCUUAAUCUCUCCAGCUUCAAUGCACUGCUUUGCUUUUGAGCUGUUGCCCUCCCUGCCUUUUACUCCCACUGGCUGUGUGCAUUUAUCCCCACAUCACAAAAUGAUUUAAUGAAAGCUCAUCUGUUGGCUGUACAGUGUUA